GCCUGUUAUGUAAUGAGGACACUCCCCCUACCACUUCAUUUAUGUAUAGGCUCUUUCCACCAGCGUGCACAUUUCAAUCCAGCAAAACCAAAGAGGCGACUACUCAUCACCACGCCACAUAAUCACUACUCAUCAUGGCAACCACAACAACCCAGGCUGGCUAUGAAGGUGACUACGUGCAAAGAUUUCAGUUUUUCCUCCAGCAUUCGGGGGAGCACACGGUCAUGCGAGAGUUCAUGGACAAAGUUCUCCCUGGUGAAUUUGUAAGAAUUGGAGAGGGGAAAUCAGAUCUGAACUUUCUUGGCGUUGGAAGUGGCCAAGGUGAAAUGGACUCUCACAUGCUUGGUAUCCUGCAGUCCAGGUUUCCCAAGACUCCAAUCAGCGCUCACAUUGUGGAACCAAGCAUUGCACUCAUUGAAAACUUUAAAGCUUCAGUGGCUAAGGCCUCCAACCUCCAAAAGAUUAAAUUCACCUGGAAUGCUUUAUCAUGCGCUGAAUAUGAGAAACAAGUUAAAGACACCAAAGACACAAACAGAUUUGACUUCAUGAACAUGAUUCAGAUGCUAUACUACAUGGAUGAUUAUGUUGCUGUCAUCAAGUUUUUCCACAGCCUGUUGAGAGAGAAGGGAAGACUCAUGAUCAUUCAUGAAGCAGCUGGCAGCGGUUGGGGUUCUCUAUGGAGUACCUUCACAAAUGAUCUCUGCACAAAGUCUGUCACCAAGUACAUUUCUGACGCUGACAUCAAAGGCGAGCUAGACAAGCUGGGUCUGAAGUAUGAGGAGCACAGCAUCCCCAACACCAUGGACAUCACCGAGUGCUUCGUCGAGGGCAGUAAAGUGGGAGCGAUGCUGCUGGACUUCAUGACUGACCAGGAUAGCUUUGAAAAGGCCUUCAGCCCAGAGAUGAAAGCAAAGAUUCUGGAUAUGCUCCGCAACAAGUGCUGCACAGAGAAGAACGAGCGUCUGCUGUUCGACUGCAGCCUGACCUGUUUGCUCAUACAUGCUUAACACUACUUACACUCUCUUUCCUGCUCUACCACAUAAUACUAGUGCAGAUGACAGACAUGUUAUGUGUAGUUUCAGCAUAAUGCCACAAUCUACAUAUAUUUCUGUCAUCUCUAUAUGUCUGUUUCUUGUUUCAAAGGCUUUUAGAUUUCUAUAUUUUUUGUAAUUCUUUAGGCGUGAUGUGAAAAAAAAUGUUUUGCUCUUUUAAAAUGUCUUCUUCCAGUAAAUAGAUGUACUGGUGUCCAUUACACAGUGCUGCAGUAUUUUGCAUCUACACCAGAAGAUGGCGCUCUUGUCUGUUACACUCUAAAUGAAGUAGCGCGUCCACUUACAGGGAAUGUGGCCAGCAGACCAGACACUGAAUAUGAUACCUUACAAUAAAUAGCAUUUAUAUGAUGCUCAUCAGCAAAUUGAUAGCCUAAUUAGCCGAGUUGCAUGGUCAAUCAGCUCAAAUUAUUUGACUGCUGUGAAAAGUCAUUUUCAAUUUGAGCAUUAAAAUAUGGAUUUGUACUGGAAUUGUUGUGUAAUUUCAGACUGAUGACUACAGAGGAUGCAUAAUAGGUUAUCUUCAUUUACAUCGAUGUGCUCUUGUCAACCCUAAACUGAACACAGGCACCAAUAAAUUCUUCCCAACUUUU